GUAUCUAUAUGUGUAUGACCUAAAACCCUUUUUAAAAAUUUCUUGCUUUCUUUCUUCUGAUUAAUUUAUUCUCCUAGUGAUGAUGACGAUUUGAGUUCGAUGCUUCAAUCUUGAUUAUUUUUUGUUCUCUGGGUUCUUUUACAAUAGAAAAACGUUUCUGAUUUGAUUUAAUCUCAACCAAUUGGGGAAAAUCAUGGACGAAUCAAGUCAACAGGGACAAGAUCGAAGUUCUUCUGCUUCAAUUCCAACUCUCCCCUUACAUCAUGGUGAUGGUCCUUCGGCUGAGAAACGAAUAGAGAAGCCAAACAAUGAAACAUUUGUUUCUUUGAAUCAUUCUAUUGAUGCAGCCAACCAAUCAGAAGCCUGGAAUGCAAGUCGAUCUCAUACCCCUAUAAACUCAUCAAACACUUACAUUGCUCCAGUACAAACAUACUAUUAUGGAGGUUAUGAUGAUGGAUUGAUUAAUUGGGGAGAAGGUUCGAAUUAUGUUCAUACUAACAAUUUGCAAAUUAUGUCCCCGGCAAUCUACAACGAUAAUUCCUCUCUUCUAUAUCAUCCUGCUUUCACAUACGACACUCAAAUCGCAUACGCUCAAUUCCCACAAAUCGCAAGUCAACUAUCACCAAUAAUGAUCGAUGGUCAACUCUAUUCACCACAUCAACUCCCAAUUUCUCCAUCAUACUACUCGCAACCAAUUUCACCAACCGAUUAUUAUCUACAAUACCCCAGAAAUAACAACCUUGGAUUCUACAAAUUCCCUAAUGAAAUCACCCAAUGUGAACCCGUAUCAACCCAAUCGAACCCGGUUGGCAUACUUGGCCCAUAUCAUGGUUCUUAUGAAGCGACCCGGGUCGACAAAAAUAUGGACCGAGUCGACUCGGUUAGCUUGAGCGCGACUACAAGUGAUAGGAACCGAGGACCAAGGGCAUUGAAACCGAAGGGAACAACAACGGGUGAGCAUAUGUCAAAUGAAGAUUUUGUUACAAGUUAUGAAAAGGCGAAAUUUUUUGUGAUUAAAUCUUUUAGUGAAGAUAAUGUUCAUAGAAGUAUAAAGUAUGGUGUUUGGGCAAGUACCCCACUUGGGAAUCGAAAGCUAGAUGCUGCAUUUAAAGAAGCAAAGGAGUACGCUUCUAGGGUUUUUCUCUUUUUUUCGGUGAAUGCGAGUGGACAGUUUUGUGGGGUUGCUGAGAUGAUUGGAGGUGUGGAUUUUGAGAAAGAUGCGGAUUAUUGGCAACAGGAUAGGUGGAGUGGGCAGUUUCGGGUUAAAUGGCAUAUUAUUAAAGAUGUCCCUAAUAGUCGAUUUAGACAUAUUCUUCUUGAAAAUAAUGAUAAUAAGCCUGUCACUCAUAGCCGAGACUCACAAGAGGUGAAACUUGAAGAGGGGAACACAAUGUUGAAAAUCUUUAAAGAGCAUGAUGCGGAUACAUCAAUCUUGGAUGAUUUUAAUUUUUACGAUGAACGUGAGAAAUCUUUGCAAGAAAAGAGAACUAAGGAACAAGUUUUUUCUACCAAAAACACCAUUGAUGAUGCUUCGAUAAAUCGCCUUUCGGAUAGAGUUGCUAACUCUCUCCAGUUAGAAAACCAAAAUGAGGUUACUAAAUCUUAAACCAACCCUUUUCACUAGUUUGAAGGCCUUUCCUACUUUUAUUUUGACUUUUGUCAAGCUUUUGGUUCUUCACCCCUUUGUUAUAUUUCUAGCGGUAGGAGGUGGUGGUGGUUGUGAUUAGAGGUGGUUGAGGUAUUAUCCGGCCAUGGCUGAAGCCGAUUCCAUUGUAAUUUGAGUAGUUAUGACAGGGUGGUUGUUGAGUUGCUACCCAAACAAGUGUAACAUUAUCAGUUAAAGGAAUUGAUCAAAAUGGUUAUCACA